AUGGAUCUGGAAAAAAUCCUUGCCAUUAUCAAAGAGGCAAACCUCUUGGCGAUCCGCUUCGAGCAGACGGACACCAAUGGCAUCGCAAGGUCCAAGCUUGUUCUGGCUAAACACUUUAAGGAAAAAGCAACCAAGGGACUCAAUUUCUCUCUCACUCAUCUAUCCGUUGAUGUCCAGAUAAAUGAACCCGUAUCAGAUACUGGAUAUGCAGAAGAAAUAGGUUAUGGUGAUGCUGUCAUGUUUCCUAUAUUUGAAACCUUCCAGGUUCUUCCAUGGUUGGAACGCACAGGUCGAAUCCUGAUCGAACCAACCUGGAAAGGGUCCGAAGUAGGAGGGCAUCCAAGAGUUGUAGCUCGCAGGCAGCUGGAGAAACUGAGAAAACUUGGUAUAUCUCUCCUCUCGGCCCACGAACAUGAAUUCUACGUGGUGGAUAAGAAAACGAAGAAACCGCUAAACGAUGAUAAAAACGUGCAUUCUGCUAUUCGCGAUACUCCAUACCAUGACCUUCUUGUCAAGUUCAUGGAGUAUCUUCCCAAGGUUGGUGUAGAUCUUGAGCAUGUAGAAAAUGAGUACGGACCGGGUCAACUCGAGAUCUCCUACAAACCUGCCUUUGGAAUACGUGCUGCUGAUACCGCCCACACCUACAAAACGGCUAUCAAAGAAAUUGCCAUCUUAAAUGGCUACAUGGCAUCUUUCAUGACAAAGCCUUAUCCCAACAAAUCUGGUUCAUCCAGUCAUUUUAAUCAUUCUCUCUGGGACAUCGGCGAGAAGGUACCUCUCCUUUACGAUGCACACGAUCCAUUAUCUCUUUCUGAAACAGGUCAAUACUGGAUCGCAGGAAUCUUGGCUCAUGCUCCAGCAAUCGAAGUUCUUAUGGCUCCAACCGUCAACUGUCUCUCCAGGGUCGUACCACAUACAUUUGCUCCAGUCAACGCUACCUGGGGCUUCGACAACCGUACGUGUGAUCUCCGUGUAAAAAUCAACGGUCCAGAAGGAACUUACAUUGAACAUCGCGCUGGGGCAGCAGGAUGCAACCCAUACCUAUCCCUGGCUGCAACAGUUGCAGCUGGUGUGGAUGGCAUUGUCAACAAGCUCAAACUUCCACCACAUGUCACUGGUAAUGCCUAUGAAGAAGCCGACAUUCCUCCAAAGACAGUGUUCCUACCUACAAACAUGGAGGACGCCCUCGCCGCUUUGACCAACGAUGACACAAUCUGUGAUGCUCUUGGUAAAGACUUCAUCAAAUGCUUCACCGCGGUGAAAAUGUGCGAAGCAAGGCAGGCGAGGGAGGCUGAAGCUAAAGGCGACUGAGAUUGGGCUUUUAACUUCUUUUUUGAAUACCUGUGAAUUGAAAAUCGGCAUGUGUUCAUUGUAUUGUAUUGU